CUGACAUGAAUAUAUUUAUUUUUCAAUUUCCAAUAAAAAUAUUUUGUGGUGUGUAGUAGAUAGAAUGUCUUGUAUGGUGUCUUUAAGCUGUCUAUUCUGCAAGGAAGAAAUAACAUAUUCAUCGCCAGCUGCUAUUCGAUACGAGAAUCAUCUUGUGAGUGAGCACAGGAUCUUAACCUUCCCUUUAGAGAAAAUAAUUCUUCUCACACUGAAACUACAGAACCAGGAACAGUAUAACAGGUUACGAAGUGAUGAAAUUAAAGAUGUUGAAACACAAACGGAAGAUUUAUUAAUCGCAGAUAAAUGUUUGCAGGUGGAUGUUGUAUAUAUUCCUCCCUACCCUGAGCCUGACAAGAAACCAAUUCAUCUUCUCAACCUAGAGUCCUGGGAGGAUAAACCAGAACCUCCGCUUCUUAAUAAAUCAGAUUUCUAUUCAUUUCUAGAGCAAGGGAAGAGACUGAGUUCUUAUGAUGCAGAAGAGAGAAAGAUCAGUGUAAACGGUCCGGACCAACCAAGUGUUUGUAAAGAAACCUAUGGACGGUUGAGUAGAACCUCUUUCAGUUCCGAGGACUGCCAGUGUAUUUCAGAUCUAGACAAAUCUGAAAACUUCUCUGUUUCAAGUUCUAAAAGAUCUCUGAGCUGUACUAGUGAGGACGAGCGGAGCAGCAGUCAAGGACGAAAGAGAAGUCGAGCGGAGAAGAUUUGUCCUAAAUGUGGAUCUGUAUUUGAUCAGAUCUUUGACUUUCAAAGUCAUCAAAUCCUUUGCUACAAUAAACACAGAUCUUCCAGUAAACCAAGUAAGCCAAGUCAGUCUUACAGUCUUCAAAACACUUCGCUUAAUACAAAUCCGGGAAAUCCUGCUCUUCCUUCAAGUUCGAAUAACCUUGAUUGUGAACCAAGGUCGGGGAAACCUGUGUCUAAACCAAGUUCUGGGAAACCGAACCAAAACUCGGGAACCUUAAAUGUAGAAUAUUGUCUCGAGGAUCUGGGGUCUAAACCAGUAUCCAAGCCUAUCCCGGAUACUUCCACCUACGUUCUAGCUGAUCGAUGUAAAUUCCUGUGUAAACUAUGCGGAAAUGAAUCCAGUAAAUGGUAUAGAAGCAGUCAUCUCCAGGAGAAACAUCAAACCACACUAGAAGAUUACAUCUCUAAGUUCGGAGAAACAUCCGAUAAUAAGAUUCAUGAAUGUUUAGUUUGUGGGAGUAGAAUGUAUUGGAUGAGAGGAACAAUCAGACGACACGUCAAGAAAAUUCAUAACAUGCUCAUUGAGAACUAUGAAGAAAAGUAUAAAGAACAGAUACUACUUCAGGAAAACGAGGAAGUGCAGGUUUCUUGUGAUAUUUGUGAUAAAACCUAUUCUAGUAAUUAUAAUAUGAAAAGACACAGAAGAAGAGUUCACAAAAAUAAAUUAGAAACCAAGAAAUUAUCUACUCCACAAACGACCCCCGAUUUGGAAAAUGAUGUUGGUGAUCAAUUAUUUCCAGGAAGUUCAGUUUUCAAGAAACACGUGACUGCUUCAUGUUCCAAUUCAAGUAAAAAAGUAGCAAAAAAGGCAUUUCGGUCCGAAUGGUACAACAGGUAUGGCUAUGAAUGCGCAAAGUGCAAAGUGCAGUUCUCCUACAAAGGAAACCUAACUGUUCACAUUAAAACUAUUCACAAGAUAAGUGUGGAUGAAUACAAUUCUACCUAUGGAGAAAUGAAGUCCACACACAUUUUCAUUUGUAAAAUCUGUAGCGAAGGCAUGAGCUGGAGUACUGAACAUAUAAAAGCACACCUGGACACAAGACACUGUCUCUCUCUGGACAACUACAAGGACAUCUACGUAGACACCUCGGACCCGGAACCAGCCUCGGAAAAGGACUACCAAGCCUUAGAGGUUAUCACAAAGGAAGCAAGGAUCUCUGAAGUAGGUGUGUCUAUCCCAGAAAUGGUUGAUUUGGUCACAAAUACUGUUGUAAAUAACGCAACAGCUCUCUCUCCGAUCAGGCCUGUUUCAGUCUCCAUUCCUAGGAUGGAUAAAUCAAUUGUAGACCAGCAUUUAGAGGAUACGAAUACUUCGAAGGAUUACUCUAAUCUCUCUAAGCAAGAUCUAGGAAAAUGCCUCAACACCGCCAUAGAGAACUGGUUUUCCACCCCCGAACCAAACCCAAGUCGUGAGAACUACGAGGAGCAGGCGGAGCUAAAUCGACCAUUCCGAUGUCCAACCUGUUUAUUCCGUGGUUCGGAGAGAGAAGAUCUUAAACUUCAUAUACAAGAUCUACACUCAAGGCUUCCUGAUGGAGCUUCAUGUUGUGGAGCCAAGUUUUUCACAAGGUGGAACAUGUUCCUUCAUCUUAACUCAACCCAUUCAGAGAAGUCGAGUCUAUUCUCUCAUAACUCAUUCUCAACCGAGGAAAUUCCAUUGCUCCGGGGUUGUGUUAAACCUAAACCCGUCCUUGCUUCCAACCCUAACUUUUAUACCAACGAAGAAGCUCUCCGACCAAGUGUGAUGCGAAGUCUGGUAAACGGAAGCAACCUAAAGAUAAACUUGAUUAACCCCGUUUGUACUGAAAACAUCAAUAGAACGAACCGCAUCCCGGACACUGAUAACGGGACGAUUUAUCAUAAACCUGAACGAAAUUCUCAUGUAGAUAACAACGAUUACAAAUCUGAUGAUAUUGAAGAUCUUCUUGAGGGAGAUUUGAGUGAUUCCGACAAUAUUUUUGAAAGUCAGAUAUUUUCAACUUCGUCUCCAUCUUUGUACGAUAGCUACACCGAGGAUGUGGCCUAUGAGGAUAAUGACGUGGGCGAUCUGGCCAGUCCUCAUCAGAUCUGGGCCAACGGUUCUACAUACGAGUGCAAGGCCUGCGACACCUUCUGUAUCCGAGACCAGAAGGAGUUUAUAAAACAUAUCAAGGAGCGACACGGCUUAGCUGGUAUAAAAGUAUACAGAGCUGAGUUUGGCGAUCCUUUGUCCGAUCUCCGAACGAUUGAGUGUAAGAUCUGCGGAGGUCGAAUUAUUCACGAGUUCUCCAAGAUACAUUCUCAUCUUUACAAGCACCAUAAGAAAAUGUCCGUCCAGGAUUACUAUGAGAACCAUGUUCUGUAUUCAGGAAGGAACGAGAAGGUGAACGGGAAGGAUGUUCCGUCUCUAGAUCUAGAAUCCAAUUUCGAGGAAGCUGAAGAGACGGUUAGUGAUUACAAAACCUGGAGUAACAAGUGCAGAAUGGAUUGUAAACACCAAGGUUGCAACUUUACAACCAAUCAACAUCAAGUUUUCCGUUUACAUGUACUCUCCGCACAUUGUCAGCUGUUUGAAGAGUACAGUGAAAAGUACAACCUGAGUCCUCCGUGUGGUUGGAGUAUUCUGGUUUAUAUCAAGUGCCAGCUAUGUAGUUCCAAGGUUCCGAAUAGCCAGGAGAUCCUGGACUCCCAUAUGGUGGAGAGACAUGGAUUAUCUGGGUUGGAUUACUUUAAUUCAUACAUUCAGAAGGCUGGCAUGGAGGUGGUCGAUGAUCAACUCUCAGACGAAAUCAUUGAUUAAAACUCAAGAAAUUUUUACUGUAAUCCUUAACUAAACUUUUUUUAAUUUCGAGAAAUCAAGCAUAUUAAAACUGCUCAAUUAAUCGUCUAAAUCUCAAGAGCAAAGACUGUAUUAAGGGAUAUUAUUUAUUGUCAAAAACCUUUUGUGAUAUUCAUGUUUGUUUAGCCCCCUCCCUUAAAAAUAAAUAGGGGCUUCCUUCAGGG